UAAAAAAACCUCUGAUACAAUACAUAAUAGUCGAUAUUUAAAAAGCACAACACUAAAGAAAAUGAAAUGCCCCCUGUAGAAAACAACAGCUGAUUGAUUGCAGCAAGUUGAACCACACUAGGACACAAAGAGGACAGAGGAUUAGAACCCUAGACCUAUAACCAACCCAAAACCCACAUAAAUCACACAUUCUCUUGAAUGAACCAAUGGAACAGAAGGUUCCUCCAUCUUCCCCAAGAUAUCAAAUCAAAUCACUUUUAAAACACUCAUUACUGAUCCAUCCAUCUGCACAAGAAAAUCCCACUGUUUUCUUGACAAUCAAUUCCUUUCCUUUCCCUCUAUGCGCCGUUUUCUCAACAAAACAGCAAUCCAAAUCCAAUCCAAUCCAAAAAAGAUGUACAACACUACAAAGGCUGGCUUACACCCAAAACCCUCCUCCUCACAGGCCUCAAGUUCAUCACCAACUGUCUUGCACUUCCCAAUUCCAAUUCCCAGUUCCAUACACUGCAUUCACAGAAUAAACCCUAAAAACCCACCCUCCAUAAAUGGCUUCUCUCACCUCCUUCUUCUCCUCCAAAAAUCUCUUCCAGCCAAUCUUCUUCACCCCCCCAGACUUCAUGCAUCACUUAUUAGUACCGUACAAUAGUCUAAUGGCACAUUCUAGCAGUAGCAGUAGCAGUAGCAGUGGCAGCCACGUGUCAUCCUCGCAGACUCUCGCUGAGGCCCCUUCUGCUCAGGAGUCUGGGCGACACCCGGUUUACCGAGGAGUAAGGCGUAGGAAGAGCAGUGGGAAAUGGGUUUCGGAGAUUCGAGAACCGAGGUCGCCUAACCGGAUUUGGCUCGGGACAUUUCCGACCCCUGAGAUGGCCGCUGUGGCCUAUGACGUGGCCGCUCGGGCUCUCAAGGGUCAUGAAGCUGAGUUGAAUUUUCCCAACUCAGCUUAUUCGUUGCCAGUUCCGGCCUCUACCUCCCCGCGUGAUAUUCAGGCGGCUGCAGCAAGUGCAGCCGCCGCAGCUGGGGCUGCCAGGGAUGCUCUAUCUGGGUAUUAUCAGGCUGAAAAUCCAACUGCACCGGGGAAUUCAACGGCAAAUCAUGAGUUUGUUGAUGAGGAUUUGUUGUUCGAUAUGCCUAAUAUUCUUGUGAAUAUGGCUGAAGGCAUGAUGCUUAGCCCUCCGCGGCUGGAUGUUUGGGAUGAUGACAGUUCAGCUGAAAAUACAGGAGACCAGAAUCUGUGGAAAUUCCCUUAAAUCCAGCAAUUUAAUUUUUUCAAUAAAAUAUACAUAUAUAUAUAGUAACUUAAUCUAAAUAGCUUCCACCGAAAAAAAAAAAAAACUAUUUAUGAACUUGCUUUGAUUAAUAUGUGCUAAGAAUGAAGGCAUGGAAUGCUAGUAUGAGUGGUUUGUUUUUUAAUUUUUUGUAAAAAAUUUCCUUAUCUGAGUUUAAUGUUAUCGCACGUUUCUGUU